ACGCACCGUUUCGGAGAGAGAAAGAAAAGGGUUUUUGAUUCCCAUUUCCCAGAGCGAACACAGCGAUAGAUUUUUUAGCUCGCUCUCUCAGGUUUCAGUAAUCAUGGCAGACGAAGCACACAAUGAUGUGAAGGAGGAGGUAGCUGAAAUUGCUCCAUUUGAUCCUACAAAGAAGAAAAAGAAAAAGAAGAUCACAAUUGUAGAUCCUGCUGAUGAUUCGGUGGACAAGUUGGCUGAGAAGACAGAAAAUCUGACAGUAUCUGAGGGGGUUGAGAGUACAUUUACUGGUUUAAAGAAGAAGAAAAAGAAGCAUGUUGAAAUCAGUAACUUAAAUGAUGAGAGUGGAGAUGCAAAUGAAGAUUUGGAUGAUCACGCUGAAGAAGAUGAAGAAGAUGUUGCUUCCUUGCAGCCCCGUUAUCCUUGGGAAGGGAGUGACCGUGAUUAUAAAUAUGAAGAGCUUCUUGGCAGGGUGUUUAACAUUCUUCGUGAGAAUAAUCCAGAACUUGCUGGAGACCGCCGGAGGACUGUUAUGAGGCCUCCACAAGUACUACGUGAGGGCACAAAGAAAACUGUUUUUGUGAAUUUUAUGGAUCUGUGCAAAACGAUGCAUCGGCAGCCAGACCAUGUCAUGGCUUUCUUGCUUGCUGAACUGGGUACGAGUGGCUCUCUAGAUGGACAGCAGAGGUUGGUUGUGAAGGGAAGAUUUGCACCAAAGAACUUUGAAGGAAUUCUGCGACGAUAUGUCAAUGAAUAUGUUAUUUGCCUUGGAUGUAAAAGUCCUGACACUAUACUUACUAAGGAAAAUCGUUUGUUCUUUCUCCGGUGUGAAAAGUGUGGAUCAGGAAGAUCAGUUGCUCCAAUCAAGGCAGGCUUUGUUGCUCGUGUUGGCCGUAGGAACGCUGGGACAUGAUUUGAUUUUAGUUUUCAUAAAUGUAUGUUGACUGGCUGAGGAAACCUUUUACUGAAUUUUGUUUUGCCUUUGAAUGAUGUAUAACAUACAUAGUUGAGUUUGUUGCAGUAAAUUUUGGGUUGUUUUGUUUUUCAAGCUUGGCAUAAAAGGAAUAAAUGAACUUAUAU